CCUUCAAUUUGAAAACUGGAGGGCCCUGCAAUCUAACGUUAUCUAGUUGACGAAUUAUGUUCGGUGCAUAUCGGUUAUAAAAUGUAAUUAUAUAACCAAUAAAACUCUAAAUAUAAUAUUUGAAUUUAUCUAAAUAUGUGAUAAUACGGCUAUCCACUAAAAUACGUAAACUGUCGGUGGAUUUUUUUUUGUUUUGUUUUGUUUUAUUGAAUCUGCCGGAGUUGAUUUGAACUCCAAGGAGAAAGAAAUCUAGCAUAGUUUGAUGCGUGCUAGCCACUUCCUUGUUCGUCCAAACUGGAUUGUUGUGGCAAGCGUAAAGUAAUGUCGUUACUAAAAAGUGAAAUGUUUUUAUUUCUUAUUUUCAGCACUUUGGGAAUAUAUUUUUAAAGCCGAGGUGAGCUGCGAUUUUCUUCCAAGAAACAUUUCCUUUCGAGCAGGAGACAUCGGGCCUGCUACACUCAACAUGGAAUGCAGUUACGAGACACUGCCUAGCUAGCUACAGUUGCUAGCUAGCUCUGGCUAGCUAGAUGGCACAUCUUUGGAAUCUUACAGUCCGGGAUUAUAAUAUUUGAUUUAUUUGUCAUUAAAUUAAUUUCAUCGAGGGAAACAUUAGAUUAUGGAUUUUUUGGAGAUGAUGAAUGCGAUGGAUUAUCGUUUGUAAUAGCUCACUGCUGGUUACUGUCUGACUAGCUAGUUAUAUUAACUUGCUACUGCUAGUUUGCUAACUAGCCAAUUUGUUGCAAAUGUUUUGUGUACCAAGGAACAUAACACMGAAGACAACCAAUGUUACCAAAAGUAUAUAUCACAUAUUUUUGAUAAAUGCCUAACUCGGAGGUAAUUCGCGAGGGUCGGGGAAGAAGCCCAUCGGCACAGAGAAGUGACAGACCGGAGCGACGCAGUAGCGUUAGAACUAUAAGCGGUGCUACUCAGCAGCGAGAGAAACACCGGGAGAAGAGGCUGUCGUCUAGUAGAAAGAAACACAGUCACGCUAGGGAGAAAGAACCAUGGCAUACGGUAGGUGAACGGAGAAGCACUCUCGAAAGAGAAGGUGAACCUCGGACUUUGGUGGAAUAUGAAGACGUGAGUUCCCAAUCAGAACGUUUUUCUGGGAGCCCUUCACCUAAACCAGAACCGCAUGCUCGGAUUUCGGUCCAUCGAUUUAGCAAAGUUGUGUUUACAGACAUCAACGGACCGACAUCCCGAGAGAGAUGGUCUCGAAGAGACCGGGAUAUAGUACAUCUCAGGAAGGAUGAACAAACCAGUGGUUCAUCCGAGAGGAAUAGACAAGAGAAGGAACCGAAAAGAAAGGAACGCCAGAGCGGUGAGAGGGACUCUUCGAAAUCUCGUGGCGGGCGUAGCCUUAGUGCCACCAAAAACAACCGAGAUGGUGCGAGAAACAGUGACAGUGACGGCAAGAAGACGUCUACAACAUUGCCGCCCAUGUCUUUGGAUAAAAGGGAGUCUAAACGGCACAAAAGUAAGUCACGGUCUGAAAAAGAGGCCCUGUCUGCAUACAGGGAUGCACCACAAUCAUACCGAGAUGACUGUGAAGAACUCGGAGCCUCCAGAAGAAGUCCUGGUUUCAAGGCAGAAAGUCCACAUGGGACAUCUUAUUCCUAUGGAUACCAGUCUCCCAGUGGUAGUUAUAAUAAACAGUUUAUAUGUAGAAGAAGUCCCAGUUAUGGGAACAAAAGGCUGUCCCCUAGUUUGACAUACUACAGCCGAGAUGCUGAGGUCUAUGGCGCCUACAACAUUUCAAAGUCGCCCAGUUCAUACUCAAGCAACAAAAGAAAGCRGUCUCCAAUGAGCCCAUUCAACAGGCGCAGUUCUCCAAGCUAUGGCCGACAUAGUCCAUUUGAACAGGGAGAACUUGUCUCAAGUCCCUACGGUACCCGUCGGCGAUCACGAAGUCCAUACCGAAAGUCACUCAGCCCAAGUCCAGUAAUAAGGCGAUCUGGCAAGUCUCGAAGCAGGAGCCCGUAUUCCUCGAGGCACUCCCGCUCACGCAGCCGCCAUCGCCACUCUGGCUCCCACAGUCGACCUUCCAGCCUCUCCCCCAGCACUCUGACCUUCAAGAGCAGCCUAGCGGCCGAGCUCAGCAAGCAGAAGAAGGCAAAAGCUGCCGAGGCAGCUGCCCGGGCCAAGAGCUCCAGCAACGCCUCCAAUUCCACCAAGGGCACCUCUACAGGCUCCCACCAGCCCAGCCCCAAGGCCAACCCCACCAUCAAGAUGGGCCGGCCCCCUUCCCCGCCGCCUCGUGAGAAGGAUCCCAGGACCCCUGUGUUGAGCCAGCCCCAGUCCCCUGCAGACAGGACCUCCAAGAGGAGCACAGAGCCCCAUCAGCCCAGCAGGGACAGAGAGCGGCACCCCUCGGUGCAACAGGACAAGAGGAAAGCACCAGCAUCCGGACAGGGCAAAGAGAAGGGGCGAGUAGCUGCCCCGACUGCCUCUACACUGACAUCUCUACUCCUGCCCAUGCACGUCCUCGAGCACUUAGAUGGAGCAGAUUGCUUGAAGGAGGUCUUACCUUCGCUCUCAGGGAAGAAGCCAGCAGAGCAUCAGAAGGCCCACCACCUCCUUGCCGACCUGCCCCUUCCUCCUGAGCUCCCCGGUGGCGGUGCCUCCUCCCCCCACAGCCCAUACAACGAGAAGAAGACCACCACGCUUCACCGCCGGCCCAAGAUCUGCGGCCCACGUUUUGGGGAGAUCAAGGAGACUGAGAUAGACUGGGGGAAACGGUGCGUGGACAAGUUUGAUAUUAUCGGCAUCACGGGAGAGGGCACCUACGGCCAGGUGUACAAGGCAAAAGACAAAGACACAGCUGAGAUGGUGGCCUUGAAGAAGGUGCGUCUGGACAACGAGAAGGAGGGCUUCCCUAUCACCGCCAUCAGGGAGAUCAAGAUCCUCCGGCAGCUCAACCACAAGAGCAUCAUCAACAUGAAGGAGAUAGUCACCGACAAGGAGGAUGCCCUGGACUUCAAGAACGACAAAGGUGCAUUCUACCUGGUGUUUGAGUAUAUGGACCAUGACCUGAUGGGCCUCCUGGAGUCAGGCCUGGUCCACUUCAAUGAGAGCCACAUCAAGUCCUUCAUGAGGCAGCUGCUGGAGGGCCUUGACUACUGCCACAAAAAGAACUUCCUGCACAGGGACAUCAAGUGCUCCAACAUCCUGCUCAAUAACAAGGGUCAAAUAAAGCUGGCAGAUUUUGGACUGGCUCGACUUUAUAACUCUGAUGAGAGCCGCCCGUACACCAACAAGGUGAUCACCCUGUGGUACAGACCCCCUGAGCUUUUGCUGGGGGAGGAGAGGUACACACCUGCCAUUGACGUGUGGAGCUGCGGGUGCAUUCUGGGGGAGCUGUUCACGAAGAAGCCCAUUUUCCAAGCCAACCAGGAGCUUGCCCAGUUAGAGCUGAUCAGUCGUAUCUGUGGCAGCCCCUGCCCCGCCGUGUGGCCAGACGUCAUCAAGCUGCCCUACUUCAACACCAUGAAACCAAAGAAACAGUACCGGCGGCGGUUACGAGAGGAGUAUGCUUUUAUUCCACCCUCAGCCCUGGACCUGUUUGACCACAUGAUGUCCCUGGACCCCAGUAAGCGCUGCGCGGCCGAGGCGGCGCUAAGCAGUGAAUUCCUCAAAGACGUGGACCCAACCAAGAUGCCCCCACCAGAUCUCCCCCUGUGGCAGGACUGCCACGAGUUGUGGAGUAAGAAGCGGCGGAAACAGAAGCAAAUGCCAGAGGAGCUGUCAGCUCCCAAGGCCCCCCGUAAGGAGCUGGGGCUGGGAGACGACAGUCGUAGCAACACCCCCCAGGGCUUCCCUCCGCCCGGGGGGCUCAAAGCCCAGCCUGUGGCUGCCUCGGCCCUACUGGACCCAAAAGGUCCCAACUGCCAGCUGACCCAGGAACAGCUGGCGGUCCUCCUGAAGCUGCUUGGCCAGUCCAAGAGCACUGUCAACGCAGCCCAGAUCGCUAAGGUCAACUCUGAGACACUGCAGCAGCUCUCCAAGGUCCUGCCACCAGCGCCCUUUGACUCCAACCAGCCCCCAGAGCCACCCCCUCCGCCCAAGCCCCCUCUGAUGGGUGGAGCGCCCCGCACGCCCCCCAUGCCCAAGCUCCCAUCACCACCUCCCUCGUCGGUUUCGCAGGGGAAGCCUGAAGGUGAAGCAUCGUCAGCCACCCAGACGGCGGUCACCAUGCUGCUGGCCCAGCUCCUCCAGGCCCAACAGAGGCAAGAGGCCAGGGACGAGGCAGUCGGCAGAAACCCACUAGCAGGGCGGCCACCCCCUGAGCCCAAGCAGCCCCCAGAGCCCAUCCCUGUCUCUCCAGUGUCCGAGGGGAGUGGAGUUUCCUCCAGACCCAUCCUACCCCCUGACCAGAGACCCCCUGAACCUCCAGAGCCCCCUCCCUGCUGCGAGGACCUGGACUACCGGCAGAAGAUGAAGCCCAAGACUGGCCACCUGCCGCCCAUGCUGACCUCAGGUGUGGCCGGAGAGGAAGGAAGGUUCCCGGAGCAAGUUUACUCACCACACCCCGGCGCAGAAGGACCGGGCUAUGGCGGUGACUACAGCCGCCCACCCCCUCCACCCUUCCCUCCUGCAGGUUUUGGCGACAGCUACAUGGGCCACAUGCUGGGGGGUGGCCUGCCCCCCCACGCCCUGAGGGAGGUGUUCACCAGCAGCGCUCCGACCCCCGGCUCAUCCUCAGCUGCCGGGUCCCUGGCCCCCUCGCUCCAGGAGCCCUACCCUUCAGGCACAGGGGGAGGUAGAGGUGGCAGUAGCAUGGUGUUCAGCGGGGACAAAGACCACCGUUUUGAGUACAAUCAAAGCCCCUCCUUGCUUGUGGAAGGGCAGGUCAACCCCACCACCAUCCAGCUCUACAACCAUGUCACCCCUCCCCCGCCCAUCCCACCUCCGGGCCAGUCCUGGGGCUCCCCUUCCCAGGCCGGGGCCCCAUCUAUGCCCCUUGGCUUCAACACAAAUGUGAACUCAACAGCCAUCCGAGGGCGAGGCCUCCCCUUCUGAUUGGCUGUGGCAUAGUGAACGGGGCGGGGUGUGACGAUGGAAACACCCCAGACUUGAGGACUCAAAAGAAACUGAGCCCAAACCCUCUCAGGCUGACCAGAGGGAUCUGGAAAUGCGCACCUGAUUUGUAAUAAUUUUAAAAAAUCUGUGUCAAGCAUUGUAGUCCUAAUUUAUCUGGAAUGUGGGGUAUGUUGCAGAAGGAGGGGGCUUUUCCUGCUCGUACCUUUUUGUAUUUUUUUUUGCAAUCUAUUCUACUUCUGUCUUUUAAAUUAAACAUACAUUUUUCGAGUGUACAUUUACCAGGCUAGGUAUGCGUUUUAAAUAUGUACUUUAGCCGUUCUUUAAUUACUCCCGGACAGACUAUUAUUAAUAUUUUUUGCACUACUGACUAAAGAAGGCGAGAACAAUUUAGGUAUGAAAUGAAUGAAGUGCUAUAUCUGCACAAUUAUAAAAAGACCAGUUAUGUCGUUUUUGGGGGUUAAGAAUAUGUUGCAACCAGGAGGUCUCAGUUGAUAGGGCUUCUCUAGGCUUGUUUUUGAUGAAAAGUUCAAGUGUUAUUGUCACAUCCACAAGUACAGUGAAAUGCUUAACUUGCAAGUUAAGUUUCUUCUACCCAACAGUGAAGAGGUCAUCGGUUCCAGAAAGACUGGUAAGCAAGCACUUGGGUGAAUGCAGUAAAACUGAUAGCUACUGAAUGACUUGAUGAAAGGCUGUGUUCACUUUAAAUUCCACAAGCCCUCUGCCAAUUGCCAUUGUAAAAUCGUAUGUAAACAAAAAGAGAUGUAACCCACGUUCAAAAAGGAGACAAGCAACUGUCCUUUUGUACUAAAAUGUGAUUUUUUUUUCUCCAUUUGGCAAAUGUUUAUUAAAAAAAAUGCCAACAAUG